UUGGAUCGUAUGAACUAAUAAAUAGAAUACGCAAUACGUAUAGAGUGCUGUAAAGCACUGUUCAAAACUAGCUUCGUUUGCUAUCCUGGUGAGUUUAUGAUGGAUAGGAUUUUCAGCAAAUCGCUGACUUAGUUCAAUGGUUAAUUUCUCUUGGACCAAUAGUAGAGGAGUUGAGGCGGGGACUACGGGUCAAAAAUACAAGCAUGCUAGGUGAUACUUCCAACAUCACUGUUUACAACGCAGGGUGCCCUACCUGAGAGACUAUGCAAAGGACUAUUCUGUCUGAACGGACAGAGCUGAGCUGGUGAAGUUUAUGUGAUGGGCCAGGCGUUGUGGAGGCUGCCACUGGACGCAGGACAACAGCAGCAGCUACAGGAGGAGUUAGUGGACCACCUGGCAAACAGAGAGCAGCAGAGAGCUGGGGAACAAGCCACAAGAGAAGGAGGCCCCCAAAGCAGGCCCCCCCAACACUGCCAUGGACUUGGGACUGAUAUCUAUCAGUUACUCAGGAGGGGUGGAAGGGCCCAGCACAGGUUUAUAGAUUUGGAGAUGCUCCCGCCAGAACUAAGCAUCACCAUCCUGUCUUAUCUUAACGCUACUGACCUGUGCCUGGCAGGCUGUGUUUGGCAGGACCUGGGCCAUGAUGAAUAUCUUUGGCAGGGGCUGUGCAAGUCCACAUGGGGUCACUGUUCCAUCUAUAACAGGAGGCUACCCAGUGGCUUUUCAUACAGGAGACUCUACUUGCAGCUGGAUGAAGGCAGUCUGACAUUCAAUGGCAAUGCUCAUGAGGGGAUCAGUUAUUUCAUGUCUAAAGGAAUCCUGGUGGACCAUCCCAUGGAGCUCGCUAAGUUUAUCUUCUAUACCCGACGGCUCAACUGUAAGAUGCUGAGGAUGUACCUCGAUGAAAGACGGGACGUCCUGGACGAGCUGGUCACCCUGCACAACUUCAGCAACCAGUUCCUGCCCAACGCCCUGAGAGGUUUCUUCAGGCACAUCCAUGCCCCCGAGGAACGGGGGGAGUACCUGGAGACCCUCAUCAUUAAAUUCAGCCAGAGGUUUUGCACUUGUAACCCGGCCCUCGUUCGAGAGCUUGGCCUCAGCCCCGAUGCGGUCUACGUCCUGUGCUACAGUCUGAUCCUGCUGUCCAUCGACCUGACGAGCCCCCACGUCAAAAACAAAAUGUCCAAGAGGGAGUUCAUCAGAAACACGCGACGCGCAGCCCACAACGUUUCAGAUGACUUUGUGGGGCAUCUCUAUGACAACAUUUACUUGAUUGGCCAUGUAGCUGCCUAGUACAGCCCACUUUACUGUCAGACAUCCAAUUGCAGCCCAUGUUCUAUAAUGCACUGAAGAAUAGAGACUGGUGAUUGAGUUCCACCAUAGGUAAGAAUGUAUCAAUGCUAACAAGCACAAUUUGAACUAUUUUUUUUGUGUAUAAAUACAAAAAUCAAGAGAAAAGGUUUUGAAGACCCUAACCCUAACCCCAACCCUGAAAAUCCACCAACACACUGUGAAAACGUGCACCUGUCGUAAGGCCGCAUACGGGACAAAGUGUGAGUCACUCUCUGUGAAUAUGAUGACUAUUGGAUGUCCAAAGCCCCAAGUGUCAUGAAAUAUGGCUUUUCAUAUCCAAGUAUGUAAAGGAGCGCCCAGGAGAAGUCUUUGAUGUUGCACUUGAAUACGAAGGCUGCUGAUUGAUUCAUGACGACGUGUGCUCACCCUGAAAGCGGAGCCAGGGAAGCAAUAAAGAUUCAUCAAUGCACAGAAUCUGCUCACUCACAUUGGCCAGAAGAAUAACCAAAAGUAGGGGGGGUGGGGGGGAGAUGGUCCCGAUCAGAAAGGUCUCACUUACGAAGGAGGUUUCUGGCCGCUGUAGCAGCACUGUUGUAGCAUCUCGUCAAUCUAACGUUUUAGUGAGCAUGAAGCCCUUGCUCCAUCAGGUAACCUCGAACAACACAGAAAUUAAUGAAGCAUAGCAAAUUGUUCGACUCUGUAAAAGAUUUAAAUCGGUGGGAAUAACCAGACUUUGACAUCACUGUACAAAAUGUAAUACUGCAAUUUUUUUAUGAUUAAUCAAAUUACACUAAGACCAUGGUUCUUAUGCCUAUGUUGUUAAUUUACUUCUGAACUCCCUGCUGUUAUAAUAAACGGCACAAGUUUUACAGUUAUUUUGCUGACUAUUUGUAUUAUUAAUGUCAUUAUCAAGGCCUAGUCAGGCUUUGAUAAGGUAGUUGUUGAAUUUAAAAUACCAGUGAAAUGUUUAAUGUAACGUACUGUACCUUAUGUUUAACUAUAUGAUUAUAUUGGGUUCUAGUCCAAAAACAAACGCACAUAAAACCGCUGACAUUUUAUAUCCUAUGAAAAGCAAACCAAGUCAAGUCAUGAAUAUAUAGAAUGUAUAGUCCAGGUUAUCAUCCAGCUACAAAACAAUGUCAUAAACAAAUGGGUUUGGUCCCAUGAAGUUAUUCAGUACAAGCCAUGAUGACAUUUCUGGAGCCUUAGCCCAGAGCCAAGCUGAUGUUGUGUUGUGUACCCCAGCACCCCUUCAGCCUGACACCCGCCACAAAAGCCUUGGAACUAAGAUCAUACCAUUAUCAUUCAUCACCAUUUUAAUAUUAUAGUAGCCUAGUUGUUAAAAUAUACCAAGCUGAGCUGUUUUUCCGGUCUUCACUUCAUUGAUCAGCAACAAUCAACAUCAAUAAUAUUUAACAAGUAAAACCUUGGACGAUGGACAAAUAAAGAAAAAUCUAUGUAGCCAAAACAUCAAAACCAUCUCUAGGUAAAUUCAUGUAAAUAAUCACAAAUACAUACUUAUGUAUACUAUUAAUAAACCAUUGAGGUGAUUUAGUUUGUUCAUACACACAUCCCUUUUCCCAUCAAAUUUCUAAUUUUCUUGCUGAAUACAUUGUUGUCCUAUCAUUACAUAUGACAUUGUUACCUAGAAAAUAACAAGAGCGAAAUGGCAUACACAUUCAAAACGAAAGACAAAUUUAGGGAAUGACUAGGCGAGUAAUAAAAUAAUGCAUCUUCCAGGAGCAACUCAAUUU